UCAUUGACAUGGCGCCUAUUCACAGAAAGCCCGAAAACCGCUGACGGCCAUUUUGCUAAUGGGCUGAGAUAGGAGGAAGGCAAACUAGGUAAUAGCACCACCUCCUCUCCUUCACACACACACACACACCCCCACACACACACGACCCCCACCACAAGAUCCUGACCUGAAGGACGGACCUACUGGACCUCAAACUACCGGGGAAUUUCCUGCUGAUGUCUCUGAAUGCUUCUGCUGUCUGUCAUGCAGUUCAGUUAAUUAAUUAGUUUAAAGGGUUUCUACGGAAACAGUCCAGCUUCGAGUCGUCGACUAGCAGCAGCUCUACAGAUGGUUUAAACUCCAGAUCCCAUGAUGCCCCAGGGCUGCUCCUCCCCCAGCGCAGGGUGGAGAGUGGGAGGAGGAGCGGAGGGGGAGUUUGGGAAAGAAUGCCUGGAAUUCAUUUCCUGUCAAACAACUUUCACAGCAAGGAGGAGACGAAGAGGAGACGAAGAGUCAUGUCCAAGUUUGAGACGUUGCUCCAGAGUGUGAAGGAGACGAGGGACUGACUCCUUCUCCUCCUGCUGGGAUUCUGCCUCCGGGAGGAGGAGCGCUGACUCCUGGUUCUCCUGAAGGAACCCAUGAUUCCUGCUGCAGGAGGAACCGGACCGACUCCUGCGGGGAAACUGGGCUCUGCUCCUGCUGCAGGAGGCGCAGCAUGGCUGAGCCGCUGCUGAGGAGAACCUUCUCCAGGCUGAGGGGCAAAGAGAGGAGGCGCAGGAAGACGGAGCCCAAACUGAGCGAGCCUCCAGUCAGCUCUACCGCCAUUCAGACGUCUCCAUCAUCACCAUCACUGAACAUCAUAUACAGCACUGUAACCGCCGCCCGCCCUGACUCCAGCUCCCCUCCUCGAAAUCACAUCACGGUUGCUAAGAAACAGCAAUGGGCGCGGCAGGAAGCUUCUUGUCCGAGCUCCACCCACAUGACCUCUGACCAGUGGUCGUCAUGGAUAUCCCACCAUGAAUCUGGGCUGACCUGGAGCGACAAGGCGCAUGCUGAAGCCGUGCCGCUUAGGGACGCAGUCAUCAGUACGCACCAGGAAGACUCCCAAGCUUCAGGGGGCGCCACUGAGAUUCCCACCCCAGGAGUCAGCGCCAAGCUGUCCGGCCAGCGGGCGUACCUGCAGAGCCUGGAGCGGAGCAGCCGAGCAUGGGUUCUGUCUUCAGGAAAGUCCCAGGCUCCGGAUGAUGAGUUCGGGCCUCUGGAGGAGAACAGCAGCAGCAACAUCUGGUACAACCCCAUCCCAGAGGAGGAGGACGGAGGAGCCCCACCGACAGAAGAGGAGGUAUGGAAGAGGAGAGAUGAAGAGCAGGAGGUCGCUGAUCUCAGAGGACACGGUUGUAGCUGUGAGUGCCCACAGGAGGGCUCCAAUCCAAGCGUCAGUCAUCAGGUUCAUGACAUUACUGAAGAAAUCUCAGACUGCCCUGUCUCAGACUCAAGCCCCGCCUCCCUAAACAAAGGGGGCGGAGCUGGGAGUGUGAUGGACAGGCUGAGGUCUCCUGGUACUGUUCGGAAACUCUCUUUAAAAAUGAAGAAACUUCCUGAACUCCGGCGAAAACUCAGUCUACGUUCAUCUUCCCGUACUAACCGCCAGACCGGCGGAGGAGGUGGGGACGAGCCAACCAAUAACAACGCAGCAUCAUCCCCGGUGCUGGCCAAUCAGAACGUCAUCAGCAGGUACCAUCUGGACAGCUCUGCCCCCCCAGUGCGUCCUCGCCAUCGAUCAUCAAGACAACGCUCCGCCGGCAAAGGAGGGUACCUCAGUGAUGGAGACUCCCCUGAGCUGUUGCCCCGGCAACAGGCUGCUGACCUCACAGCAUCCCAGGAAGCUUGGUGUGACGUCAGUUCGUUUCAGCUGUACGUGGGCUCAGAUCCGCCGCGAUGCAGCCAGCGGGUGACGGGGUUACUGACAGUGCACCUGCUGGGCCUGGAGGAGAUGAAGAGCAGCAGAUCAGAGAACAGCAAAGAAAUCUUCUUGGCCAUCCAAAUCGAUGGGGUGACAAGAGCCAGGACCGCCCUCUUGACCCUCAGAGGCCACACCCGGCCCCUGAACCACACCUUUCACCUCGACUUGGAGAGGGCCCGGCAGCUUCGCAUCGUGGUGCUGACACCAGCUCCAUCAGCGGUGGGCGGAGCCAAACCAGACCAGAGUAAUUCUGCUGGAGGUCCAAACAGGAACCGGGUGUGCUGCCUGGGUGGCGUCUCCAUCCCGCCGCUCUUUAAAGGAAGUCGCAGUCAGCAGCUCUGCCUGAAGCUGGAGCCCAGAGGACUGCUGUACGUCAAACUGACUCUGCAGGAAAAAUGGGACACCCAGCACGGCAGGGAUCCAUCAGCGCCGGCUAAUGUGUUUGGGGUUGAACUGCACCACCUGGUGGAGAAAGAAGGAAGCGCAGCUCCAGUUCCCCUGCUGAUCCAGAAGACGGUGGCAGAAAUAGAGAGACGAGGCCUGAAGGUGGUGGGUCUGUACCGGUUGUGUGGUUCCGCUGCCAUCAAGAAGGAGCUGAGAGACGGGUUUGAGAAGAACAGUUCAGCCGUGUGUCUAUCCGAGGACCGGUACCCCGACGUCAACGUCAUCACAGGUGUUCUGAAGGACUACCUCCGUGAGCUGCCGUCGCCGCUCAUCACCAGGACUCUGUACCAGGUGGUCCUGGAGGCCAUGACCCUUCGACCACCACUGGAGACCCCCGACCCAGAAGCGGCCCAGUGCACCGUUAGACUCCUGUCCUGUCUGCCGGAACCAGAGAAGGCUACGCUGUCCAUGUUGCUGGAUCACCUCAGCCUGGUCGCAUCCUUCAGCUCCUUCAACCGGAUGACGCACCAGAAUCUGGCUGUCUGCUUUGGCCCGGUUCUCCUCACCCCAACCCAGGAGGCCCGCCGGGCGGCUGGCAGGGGGAGCCGGGGCAAAACCCUCGGUCCGGGGGAGGAGAUGGCCAAUGCAGUGGACUUCAAGCGGCACAUCGAGGCCUUGCACUACCUGCUGCAGCUCUGGCCAGUGCCGAUCAACCGAGUGCCAGUAGACGAACCCUCUCCUCCACGCUCUCCUUCCAUUCCCCGACACCUCCAGGUCGAACCACGCCCUCAGCACUGCCCACCGUGGCUUCCCGGCGCCGACGGCGUGGUGUCCCGUCGGGGGCGUGGCGGACCAGCCCGGUUGGAGAGCCCGCCCCCCGUCAACCGGUAUGCCGGGGAUUGGACCGUCUGCGGGCCAGACCUGCCGGCAGAGGAUGAAGCCGACUACGACGAGGUGGCGGGAAGUGAGAGCGAAGGAGGCAGCAGAGAGGAAGAGGAGGAGGAGGAGCAGAAGGAGGCUUGGCCGCCCGGAGCCACAGGAGGAGGCCACUUCGUAGACGACUUCAUGGACUUUGAUGCUCCGUUCAACUGUCGCCUCAGCCUGAAGGACUUUGACACCCUGAUCCACGACCUGGACCGGGAGCUGGCCAAACAGAUCAACAUCUGCCUGUAGGGGGGAAGAGGGAGGUGGGGUGUUCAUCACCUCAUCUGGACCAAAAUCCAGAUCUGCCCUUCAGGGGUUUGUGAGUCCAGAACCAAUCGGAUCGCUUCUAGAAAAUUACUUUUCUGAAAGUGAAGGAACUUUCAGUAGUAAAGUUUCUCUUUGCACGUUGGAAGUCAAAACGCUCCACUGCUGAGGAUAGGCUGCCCCCCCAGGGUCACUGCUCUGCUGCCCCCUGCUGCCCAGGGAGGCGAACUGCAGCCGCUGCAAGGGUCUGGAGAUGCUGAAGGGUUUUGCUGUCUUGAGGCCAGUGGGGUGGGGGGCAGGUUUUGUCUGGAGGGUUCAAGGGUUCAGCGUUUAUCGGUACAGGUUUUGUCACUGUGAGAGCGUUCUCGGUCCUACUUGAUGUUCCUGGCAGUAUUAUUGUUUUGUUUUGCACGCGCCCAGUAAGCACUUGUGAUUUUUUUAUCAGUACGUUUGUAAACAGAUGAUGUAACCAAAGAUUUAAAGCACAGCUGCCUGUUUGUUCAUUCCAAAAUCAAAUAAUAAACACUAUUGAUAUUAUUUUAA